UGACAUUCACAGCAUUUUGCAUAAUAAAGCGUUCAUCGAGCAACUGCGUAGCAACAUUUAAGCGUAAAACCGAGGAUGACAAAAGUGUCGAGGCCUUUAUCAUUCGAUAUGGAUCCUUAGGUAUGAAGAGGUACACUUAUGUUGAUGUCAAGAACAUGACAAACUCGUUCCAUGUGAAACUAGGACAAGGAGGUUUCGGAACCGUGUUUAAAGGAAAGCUAUCAGAUGGUCGUCUUGUUGCAGUAAAAGUUUUGAACACAUCAAAAGCAAGCGGGCAAGAAUUUAUAAACGAAGUUGCGAGUAUAGGUAGGACUUCUCAUGUUAACAUCGUUACCCUCUUGGGAUUUUGUUUCGACCAUAAAAAAAGAGCGCUCAUAUACGAGUACAUGCCAAAUGGAUCAUUAGAAAAGUUCAUAUAUCGCCAUGUUCCUCUCGAGACAAGGGUAUGCUUGGGAGUCGAGAAGCUGUUUGAGGUAGCACUUGGAAUAGCACGAGGUCUUGACUACUUGCAUCGUGGGUGCAACACUCGUAUUUUGCAUCUUGACAUAAAGCCACAUAACAUCCUUCUUGAUGAAGACUUCUGCCCCAAGAUAGCAGAUUUCGGGCUUUCUAAAUUGUACUCUAGAAAAGAGAGUGUCGUUUCUAUGUUAGAGGCUAGAGGAACCAUCGGGUAUAUUGCCCCAGAAGUUUUUAACAGAAACUUUGGAGGAGUCUCCCAUAAAUCUGAUGUGUAUAGUUAUGGGAUGUUGAUACUAGAAAUGGUGGGAGGAAGGAGAAACGUUGAUGUUGCUGUCGGUUCUGGGCAUACGAGUGAGAUAUAUUUUCCUUAUUGGGUUUAUGACCGUCUCAAGAAGGACGAAAUCCUAUUAGACGGUGUAACGACUAUGGAGGAAAACGAAUAUGCUAGAAAGAUGACGAUUGUUGGCUUAUGGUGUAUACAAGCCAAUCCAGUGCAAAGGCCAUCCACGAAUGAAGUGAUCGAAAUGUUAGAAGGAAGCAUGGAGGAACUGGAAAUGCCACCAAAACCGUUCUUUUCUUCUCCUCCGCGAUCCCCGAUCUCUACGUUUAACACAUCACAAGAAGUGAGUCGAGAUCAUCGUAGUUCAGCAAAGUCAUGAGAUGUAAAUGAGAUAAAUUAUGAAAUAUGAUAAUUACGUUACUCUAGAGAUAACAAGUUAAUCUUUCCCAAUUGACAAGAAUUUGGCCAAUCAAGGUGAAAAA